AUGGAGCCGUCAAAUGACGAUGCUCCCAACCCGUCCUCGCCGCUGCGGCGGGAGCGAGCUCCUACGAUCACAAUUGACACAUCCGCUGUCAGCAGUGCAUCUAAUGUUGGAGGUCCCGAAAUAACUACGGAAGAACCGCAGGGAGAGAGUCGGCAAGGGGGCGGUGAGGGCGACAAUGGCAAGUCGACGGAUACUCAUGGCCAGCACGAUAGUACCUUGAACCCUUCAUCUGAGAGAGAACGAGAACCACGGCCUAUUUCACCGCAUAAUAUCUCCUCGCCUACGUCGAAAACCGCCGAUCCAAACUCGCAAAAUUUCCUAUCAGUUCCAGGAACACGCUCAAGGGGAAAUUCCCUCGACUCUGAAGAUGCCAACUCCCCUCGCUCGUUGGGCAGCGAGACGUGUGUCCCGUCAUGGCCAUCUACCGGUGAGCAUCCUGACAAGGGUGCAUCGACCAAGGAUGUUGACGUUAGGAAUGAUCCAAAUGCUUUGAAACCUGACCCCAAAACGGAAGACGACUUUGAAGUGGAGAAUAACAAAUUCGCCUUCUCCCCAGGUCAAUUGAACAAGCUUCUCAGCCCAAAGAGUCUUUCUGCUUUCUAUGCUCUAGGGGGCCUGGCCGGAUUGGAGAAGGGUCUGCGGACAAACCGCUCAACAGGCCUCAGCAUCGAUGAAACUGUUCUGGAUGGCACAGUCUCCUUUGAAGAAGCUACCAGUGCUAGCACUCCGGAACACACUCCCAAGGCAUCAGGGAGGACAACGAGCAUGAAAUAUGACGCAGAGGGUGUUUCCAAGAACAAUGAUAGAUUCGUCGACCGCAAACGUGUAUUCAGUGAUAAUCGGCUCCCCGCGAGGAAGACUAAGUCCAUCUGGGAGCUAGCUUGGAUCGCUUAUAACGAUAAUGUCCUGAUUCUUCUUUCCGUCGCUGCCGUCAUAUCUCUUGCACUAGGUAUAUAUCAGUCCAUUACAGCUACUGGAAAUGAGGCUAGAGUGCAAUGGGUUGAAGGUGUGGCUAUCAUGGUUGCCAUCAUCGUCGUUGUCGUUGUCGGAGCAGCAAAUGACUGGCAAAAGGAAAGACAAUUCGUGAAGCUAAACGAGAAGAAAGAAGAUCGCAAUGUCAAGGUUAUUCGCUCCGGCAAGUCGGUGGAAAUCUCGGUUCAUGAUAUUCUCGUGGGAGACGUGAUGCACCUUGAACCCGGUGAUAUGGUACCGGUCGAUGGUAUUUUCCUCGAGGGUCACAACGUCAAAUGCGAUGAAUCCUCCGCAACUGGUGAAUCUGAUGUCCUUCGAAAGACUCCUGGAGAUGUUGUCUACCAGGCCAUCGAGAACCAGGAACCUCUUGCAAAGCUGGAUCCGUUCAUCUUAUCUGGUGCUAAGGUAUCGGAAGGUGUUGGCACAUUUCUAGUCACGUCGACUGGUGUCAACUCUUCCUACGGUAAAACAAUGCUCUCCCUGCAGGAUGAAGGCCAAACAACCCCUUUGCAACUGAAGCUCAAUGUUCUCGCCGAGUACAUUGCUAAACUAGGUCUUACUGCUGGUUUAGUCCUGUUCGUGGUUCUAUUUAUCAAGUUUCUCGUCCAUCUGAAAAACAUCCAAGGUGCUACUGCCAAGGGACAGGCAUUCCUUCAGAUCUUUAUCAUGGCUGUUACUGUUAUCGUGGUUGCCGUACCCGAAGGAUUGCCCCUGGCCGUUACUCUUGCACUUGCAUUCGCGACGACACGAAUGUUACGAGAUAAUAACUUGGUUAGGCUACUCAGAGCUUGCGAGACCAUGGGAAAUGCCACUACCAUCUGCUCAGACAAGACUGGCACUUUGACUCAGAACAAGAUGACUGUUGUUGCUGGAACCUUUGGAACUUGGCCCAACUUUGGAGAGAACGGCCCGUCCUCUACACAACAGGAUGCGAAUGAAAAUAAUCAAUCCUCAGAGACGAACAAUGUUGCUCCUGCCGACUGCAUCUCAUCCUUGUCACCCUCGGUCAAGGAAUUGCUGCUGAACUCAAUAUCUUUAAACUCCACGGCGUUUGAAAGUGACGAAAAUGGAGCAACUACCUUCGUCGGUUCCAAGACCGAGACUGCACUACUCAGUUUCGCACAUGACUAUCUGGCACUGGGAUCUUUGAACGAGGCAAGGUCAAAUGCAGAGAUUGUGCAGCUUGUCCCCUUCGACUCCGGCCGAAAGUGCAUGGCUGCGGUUAUUAAACUCCCCAACGGCAAGUACAGGAUGUUAGUCAAAGGCGCCUCUGAAAUUCUCAUUAAAAAAUGCACAAAAAUCAUUGCAGACCCAACCAGCGAACUUGCCGAAACAGAGCUUCGUGAAGAGGAACGCUCUGGCUUGAGGACUAUUGUGGAACAAUAUGCAUCCCGAUCUCUACGAACCAUUGGCAUCAUCUACCGCGAUUUCGAACAGUGGCCUCCUCAGGGAGCGCCUACGCAAAGGGAAGACCGCAAGCAAGCUGUAUUUGAGCGCGUGUUCGAAGACAUGGUUUUCCUAGGUGUCGUUGGUAUUCAGGACCCUCUUCGCCCUGGCGUUGCCGAUUCCGUUCUCCAAUGCCAAAAGGCCGGUGUUUUUGUCAGAAUGGUAACAGGAGACAAUAUCAUGACGGCCAAGGCAAUUGCACAAGAGUGUGGUAUCUUUACCCCCGGAGGUCUUGCUAUCGAGGGACCGGUGUUCAGGAAACUCAGCUCUCAUCAAAUGAAUCAAGUGAUCCCACGUCUACAGGUCCUAGCUCGAUCCAGCCCUGAGGAUAAGAGAGUCCUUGUUGCUCAGCUGCGAAAACUAGGUGAAACCGUUGCUGUAACUGGUGACGGAACCAAUGAUGCACCCGCUCUCAAGGGAGCAGAUGUUGGAUUCUCCAUGGGUAUAGCUGGUACAGAGGUGGCUAAAGAGGCGUCUGCUAUCAUCCUUAUGGACGACAAUUUCAACUCGAUUGUGAAAGCUAUCGCCUGGGGCCGAACCGUUAAUGAUGCUGUGAAGAAAUUCCUGCAGUUUCAAAUUACUGUCAACAUCACUGCUGUUGUACUUACAUUUGUCUCUGCUGUGGCCAGUAAUGACGAGGAAUCCGUACUGACUGCGGUCCAGCUGCUCUGGGUGAACUUGAUCAUGGACACAUUCGCAGCUCUUGCUCUUGCUACCGACCCUCCCACUGAUACUAUUCUUGACCGCAAGCCAGAACCCAAGUCUUCUCCACUAAUCACGCUUACGAUGUGGAAAAUGAUAAUCGGCCAAUCUAUUUACCAGCUCAUCGUCACAUUUAUUCUCAACUUUGCCGGUAAAGACAUCCUGAAUUUCGGCCAUUCCGAGAGGGAAGAUCGGGUAUUCAAAGCCCUCAUCUUCAAUACCUUCGUCUGGAUGCAGAUUUUCAACCAGUAUAAUUCGCGCAGAAUUGACAACAAGGUGAACAUCUUUGAAGGAAUUCUGAGAAACAGGUGGUUUGUCGGCAUCCAGUUCAUCAUCGUGGGUGGACAAGUCCUCAUCAUCUUUGUUGGUGGUCAAGCAUUCUCAGUCGAGCGUCUCGGUGGAAGGGACUGGGGUAUUUCGUUGAUCCUCGGACUGCUAUCCAUACCCGUCGGCAUCCUUAUUCGCAUGGUUCCAGAUAGCUUUGUCCGGAUGCUCAUCCCGAGCUACUUUCGGCGGAAACAGGACAAGCCGCAGGUAUAUAUCUCUGAUGAGGAACAGCGAUAUGAGUGGAACCCAGCCCUUGAGGAGAUCAGAGACCAGCUCACCUUCCUCAAGAAGGUACGGGGCGGUCGACUGAAUAUCCUAAAAUACAAGCUCCAACACCCGGAGACUCUCAUCCCUCGUUCCCGAAGCAACUCGAAAUCCUCCAUACCACAAACCCCGCAAGGCGAAGACCAUGAGAACGGCAACACUCAGCCACCAACUCCGAGCUCGCGCACCCGGUCUCGAUCCAACUCCGCCUUUGGGCCUGCUGCGGCCAUGGCUGGUGUUGUGGCGGGAAGCAUAGCAGGCUGGUCCCCCGUUGGCCGAUCAACUAGUGAACAGGAAUCGAUCAAAUUUUCGGGCACGGGUCGACACUCUGGGCUUGAUCAGCAAGAGGGCAUUGAAGUCCACCCAGGCACUAGGGAAGACGAUCCCAUUUUGACGGAUUACUCACAUACAAGCAAAGUUCCACCGAGUCAGAAUCCAGACCUGACGCCCGAAUUCUCUCAUACCCGCCCAACAGCCGGAUCAUCAACCGAGAGAAGAAGCUGA